AUGUCACAGGAUGAUGAUGAUGAUGAUCUCAUACAUACUUUCAAUGGGAUCACUUUUACCACCAGAUCAUCUCCAGCGCUUUUAAAAUCCUUGGCUACCUUUGAUGCUAGAGAAGAUGAUGUCCUCUUGGUUUCCUACCCAAAGUCUGGCACUCACUGGCUUGCUGAAAUCAUAAUGCACCUCUAUGCAUCUGAAGUGGCUUUAACUUCGCCAAUUGAAUUUGGAGAUGUUUCCAAACUGGAGCAAUUGAAUUGCCUUUCAUGCAAGCGGAUCAUUCCAACCCACUUGGAUGGUGACAUGUUGCCCUCAACCUUUUGGCUAAAACAAUGCAAGGCUAUUUACAUUAUCAGAAAUCCAAAAGAUAUUGCUGUUUCCAUGUACCAUUACUACAGAGAGAACCCAAACCUCCCCACCAUUGAUUCCUGGCCUCAUUUCCUCCAGAUGUUCUUACAAGGCGAUGUUGUUUGUGGAUCCUGGUUUGAGCAUGUUUUAAGCUGGGAGAGACACAGAAGUGAUAAAAACACACUAUUCUUGUACUACGAAGACAUGAAAAAGGACCUUCCUGCAGUUGUGAAAAAUGUCAGUGCCUUCCUGGGAGUCAACACCAGUGAGAGUGGGAUUAGUGAAAUCUGUGAAAAGUCUUCAUUUAAUGAGAUGAAAACCAACACAGAGAAGGAAAACCAUGAUCCAAAUCAUACAGUCUGUGCGCUCACAUCUAACCGGAAACUCAUAUUCCGAAAAGGUGCUGUUGGUGACUGGAAAAAUCAUUUCACACCCAAACAGAACCGGAUGUUUGAAGAGACAUUUAACAAGAAAAUGGCAUCCAGUGAAGUGGCAAAACAUCUCAUUUAUGAAUGCUGAUUUGGAGGCAAAACUGUACAGAAGUUGGUGACUGUACAGAAGUGUAUUUGCCCUGGGUCAGUAGAUACUCAAAAGAGCUGCUAUUUCCAAGAUUCAUGAACUAGGUUUCAUUCUAAAAGGGAAUAUAGAAUGUGCACAAAUUUUUUUUUUAUGGUGUAGAUAGGACUCAGG